AUGGAGGGCGCGUCUCAGAUACAGUGCAUGGACAGCAACUACACAUGUGUAUUCGGGUCCUACAACACAACCACGGUGAACCUCGUGCUCGGACUGCCGGGGAUGUUCUCGACGUUCACCUCGAGCCAGCUGCUGAAGCUGCGAAUCCUGGCAAUCACGGCGUCGGCGGUGUCCAUAAUAGCCGGCAUCAUCGGCUUGGAGAUGGUAGCGUGUAUCGACCGUCGCCGUAAGGUCUUCAGACACCAUAUGGUGAUGUUUCUGAUCGUGUUUGACCUGCUCAAGGCCAUCGUGCUGCUGGUCUACCCCGUGACGAUCCUUAUCAACAAUGGGGUAUAUGCGACACCAGCGUUUUUCAAUGUGGUCGGCUGGCUGACCGCCUACGCGAUAGAGGGCGCAGACAUCGCCAUAGUCAUCUUUGCCAUUCACUUCGGGCUGCUGAUCUUCAGGCCGAACUGGAAGUGGCCGAACCCGACGACGGGCAACAUGGAGGGCGGCUUCUACAAAUGCCGAAGAUUUAUGUACCCGAUUGCUGGCCUUCUACCGAUGCUUUUGGCGAGCUUGGCGUUCAUCGGGUACGACAAGAAGCACGAUCCCAGUGUCUCCGGAGUGGUGAUUCUGGACAACAACACAUACCACUUCCCAUCUGACCCCAGGGUCGGGGGCUACAAGCCGAUGAGUGCGUGGUGCUACUUACCGCCUUAUCCUUAUUGGUAUAAGCUCGUGCUAUCGUGGGGCCCGAGAUAUGUUAUAUUCGUAUCCAUCUGCGGCAUCUACGUUAGCAUUUACGUUUACGUUUCAAGCAAGAGCCAGAGGAUAAAGAGCGAACUUGGUGAUUUUCAUCAGCGAACUAGUUCACGCAGGAGAGUAACAUUAUCGUCCCAGGAAACUAGAGACCCACCUAAGACUCUCCAACAGCGAGUCGUACGAUCUGCUACUUAUUUCGCCGACAGUCUGGGCCUUGUCUGGCUAUUUCGCACUGUCAAAAAUUUCUUCCUAUUAACUGCAGAAGAUGAACAGUUCGAAUCAGAUCCGGAAGAUAGUUGCGGGGAUGAGGAGGUAGAAGACUUUUAUCAUGGUGUCAAAUCCCUGAACUACGACGAGGAACAUUUGGCCCCUACAACAGCAUCCGAUGGCGCAAGCCUUGGAGACGGAAUUUUGCCAGGCCCACUUGGCUCAUCUACAGGUCGGCAUUUCCUGCUACCUCCAACAAUUGCUAAUGCCUACGGUUCUAACACAGAAGGGGCCUCUAGGGUAUCAUCAGCUUACGCGGGGGACAAUGCCGCUCUUUUGGGCGUUGCGCGGGAUCAGCAAUCUCUGAAUUCCGAGAAUGACGUUAAACACAAGCCCUCUUUGGGACGGAGGGAAAGCUUCUUUUCGAAUAGGUCUUCGUGUUCGAGAAAAUUUCCUAAGACAGCUAUACAACCUCUGUCCCCAAUACUCUCUCCCUCCGCCAUGCAUGUCAGCAGACCGCUCCCUGUGGAAAUGUUUGAGCAUAAUAUGGACAUGAAGUCAGCUAUGGCUUCCCUGCACGAGCCGCUUCAUCAAUAUGACUAUUAUUACCCUGGUGCAUUAACCGAUCUGAAGAAAGAUAUUCAUUCGGAUACGUACAAGGAGUUCAAGCGCAGGCGGUAUCAGAUACGGAAACAGCUCAAAUCUUUAUUUAUCUACCCUUUUGCUUACUUGGUAGUGUGGCUGUUUCCUUUCAUUGUUGAUUGCACACAUUACCGGUAUGAGCUCCGCAAUGGCCCAAUAAUAUGGCUUGCUUAUAUUGCUACGUUUAUGCAGCCGCUGAACUGCUUGGUUGAUGUUUUUGUCGCCAGUUACAGAGAGAGACCAUGGCGCUACACUUGGUCGUCCAUUGAGAAGAAAGAAAUAUUGAAUAAAUAUUUAUUGAAGGGAGAGCUGGGUGAACAAACUAUUAUGGAACUAGUCAACAGCGAUCUCGGUCGCCGUGGCUGGUACUAUCGAGGAAGGUGGAUGAAGCGCGAGUGCUGGAGGCAUAAGCCAAGUCGGUGGAAGCGUGCUUGCUGGUACGUUUACCGCACUGUCAAGGGCUUCAUCAAAAACGAUUAUGAUUUCACCGACAACUGUAAUGAUCACGAAUACUGGGAAAAAUACUACACUUUAGGAUUAUCAUCCGAGUCUAGUUAUGAUACCCGAAAGAAUACCGAUAAUGAUACAAAUCCCAUUGGCAUGUCUGGUACCUGCCCAAGGGAAGCAAAUACCGCCCCAGUUUCAAAGCAAGAGAAUGAAAUAAUAAGGAUACCUAUAUAUUGGAGAAUCAUACACUGUCAUCCAAUGAUGAGGGGGAUUGACCUGGAUGAAUUAGACCGGAAAAUACGUCUAAAGAGCAAGGAAUAUAACUUUGUGACUCCGGGUUUACAUGCAGCGCUGACUGGUUCAGCACGUCACUGUUUCGACCCAACUGGAGAUUCAUAUCAUCAGAUCAGUGACCCGAGUUUCCCUCCUAAUUAUAGUAUUGGUGACGGGAAUAAGGGAACACCCGCGUCAUUUGCUGCACCUAGUGAUUCAGGAGACUUACCAGUCUCUCUUAGGGUCACAGCACAGGAUAGAGCUGGUGACAAUGUGGCAUUUUCUGACGAGACUAACGAUGUACAUUUUGCUCAAGGCACCAAAGGCAUAGACGGACAGUCCGUAGCUGAUUCUGGAAGCCAGAUGAUUGAUCUUUUAAGCUUUUUAAAGGGACAUGAGGACCGCCCAUCCAGAGACACAAUCACUCACCAAUGA